AAUGGAAAAGUGUCCAUGCUGCUGCCCAUACUAACAGAAUGUGAUCAGAUUCCAGAUAACAGGGACGAGAUUCCCACUGCUGAGGCUGUGUCGGCUCACCCUCAUCUACAGGCAAUCGCUUCGCAGAUUCCUCCUCUGGAUCCAUCAGCAGAAAUCCUUCUCCUGUUGGGCAGGGACAUUAUCCGAGCUCACAAGGUCCGCAGUCAGGUGAAUGGUCCAAACAGUGCGCCUUAUGCUCAACGCCUUGAUCUGGGAUGGGUAGUUGUAGGUGAUGUCUGCCUCUCAGGUGCCCAUAAACCCACAGUGAACUCUUUUAAGACAAACAUUCUUAACAACGGCCACCCUACUUACCUCAGCCCCUGUGAAAACAAGUUCUAUAUCAAGGACAAAUACACAGAAAGCCGUCAUACACUUGAUAAGACACGAGUUGAAUUGGGCAGGAACAUUUUCCAGCAAACUACAGAUGACGACAAAGUGGCACUUUCAGCAGAAGAUGCUUUGUUCUUGGAAAUUAUGCACAAAGGCUUUGCAAAAGAUGAUGCGAAUAAUUGGGUAGCUCCACUCCCAUUCCGGACGCCCAGACAGCGUUUGCCCAACAACAGGCACCAGGCCCUCAGUCGUUUAAUGUCACUCCGCAAAACGCUGAAAAGGAAACCUAAAAUGAGAGAGCAUUAUGUUGAGUUUUUGGACAAAAUCUUCAGUAAAGGCCACGCCGAACCAGCUCCUGCUCUUACUCCAGACCAAGAAUGCUGGUAUCUCCCUAGUUUUGGAGUUUACCACCCUCAAAAGCCAGAGAAAAUUAGGGUAGUCUUUGAUUCGAGUGCUCAAUGCUGCAACGUUUCUCUCAAUGACGUGCUACUUAAAGGGCCAGAUCUUAAUAACACUCUUGUGGGAGUUCUGAUGCGUUUCAGGUCUGACCCAUACGCAGUCAUGGCAGACGUCGAGCAAAUGUUUCACAACUUUCUUGUCAGGGAGGACCACCGUAACUACCUUCGCUUCUUGUGGUUCAAAAAUCAUGAUCUGGAUGGAGAAGUGCAGGAAUUCAGGAUGAGAGUACACGUAUUUGGGAACUGUCCCUCCCCAUCAGUGGCCAUCUAUGGACUGAAACGGUCAGCGAUGGAGGGAGAAAAAGAAUACGGCAGUGAUACAAGAGCAUUCAUUGAACGUCACUUUUAUGUAGAUGACGGACUAAAAUCAUUCUCCUCCACAGACGAGGCCAUUGACGUUCUCUCUAGAGCUCAGAAGAUGCUGGCUAAGUGUAACAUACGGCUGCACAAAAUCUCAUCUAACUGUCCUAUAAUCACAGGUGCUUUUCCAAGUGAGGACCUUGCAACGGACAUGCAGGGCCUUGAUCUGGGGCAGACUACCCCACCCAUGCAGCACAGCUUAGGCUUGGGCUGGGACCUGUCCACAGACCUGUUCAAGUUUCAGGUGACAGUCAAUGAAAAGCCCUUUACCAAACGAGGGGUGCUGUCAGUCAUUAAUAGUGUGUACGACCCGCUUGGCUUUGCGGUCCCAGUCAUUGUGGAAGGCAGGGUCAUACUGAGAGACAUCUCCACUGACAUUUGUGAAUGGGACACUGAACUGCCUAAAGACAAAUUACAUCAGUGGCAACAUUGGAAAGACUCCCUCAAAUAUCUGCAACAACUUGGAAUCCCCAGAAUGUACACCUCAAUAGCACUAUCUACAGCUCUAAACAAGGAGAUCCAUGUUUUUUGUGACGCCUCCACUAAGGCAGUGGGUGCUGUUGCUUACCUCAAACUCACAGAUAGAGAUGGACACAGUGAAGUGGGUUUCCUUCUCGGCAAAGCACGGCUUUCCCCAAAACCAGACAUCACUAUACCCAGACUUGAACUUUGCGCAGCAGUCCUGGCUGUUGAGGUGGCCGAGUUAGUACUGGAGGAGCUAGACAUUGCAGUCGAACAGGUGAACUUCUACUCUGACUCCAAAGUAGUGCUCGGUUACAUCUUUAACAAAAAGAGACGCUUUCAUGUUUAUGUGCACAACAGAGUGGAACGUAUUAGGCGCUUUACACAACCUCACCAGUGGCAUUACGUGCCCACUCAUUUAAAUCCCGCCGAUCACGCCACACGAGCACUACCUGCUGAGCAGCUCUCAAACUCCACAUGGAUCAGUGGACCCGCUUUCCUGUCCAAUUCAGAAAAAAGUCACACACAAGCAGAGUUGUUUGAUCUUGUAGACCCAGAUACUGACAAUGAACUGCGACCUGAGGUCACUACUUGUGCCACCACUCUCUCAAAGGACAGACUCAGUAGUGUCAGAUUUGAAAAGUUUUCGAGUUGGAACGCCCUACUUAAAGCUAUAGCCAAACUCCAACACAUUGCCCAGUCAUUUAAGCCGAACACAGAGAGCUCCUGUCAUGGCUGGCACAACUGUAAAGAACAGUUAACUGAAAAACAACUCAACCAAGCGAAGAACACUAUCAUUCGCAUUGUUCAAAGAGAAGUUUACGCAGAGGACAUAAGACAAGUUGAGAAAGGUGUGCCCCUUAAGAACUCAAGCCCACUUAGCAAACUGAGCCCUAUCAUCGACACUAAUGGAAUCCUCAGAGUGGGUGGGAGACUAAAACGUGCACAGUUGACAUCAGAUGAAACCAAUCCCAUACUCAUCCCUGGAAAGCACCACCUUGCCCAGCUCAUUAUAAAACACUUCCAUGGGAAAGUAUGCCACCAGGGCAGACAUUUUACUGAAGGGGCAGUUAGGACUGCAGGUUUUUGGAUUGUGGGAGGUAAAAGAGCAAUAAGCAGAGUGAUAUUCAACUGCGUCACAUGCCGCAAACUAAGGGGUAGACAACAGGAGCAGAUCAUGGCUGAUCUACCAGAGGACAGGCUGUCCACGGACCCUCCUUUUACACAUGUAGGCCUUGAUGUGUUCGGCCCCUGGCCUGUCGUAGUCAGAAAAACACGCGGUGGGCAAUCGGAUGCUAAGCGAUGGGCAGUCAUAUUUACAUGUAUGAGCACACGUGCCAUUCACAUUGAGACUAUAGAAUCAAUGGACACGUCAUCAUUCAUAAAUGCCCUACGUCGUUUCUUCGCCAUCAGGGGUGCAGUCAAACUUCUUAGAUCCGAUUGUGGGACAAAUUUUGUGAGCGCCUGCAAAGAGCUGCAAAUAGAUAGACAGGGCUGUCACAAUAGUAAACUUCACAGCUUUCUCAAAGACUCUGAGUGCAAAUGGCAUUUUAACCCCCCACAUGCAUCUCAUAUGGGUGGCUCCUGGGAGCGCAUGAUUGGGGUCACACGCAAAAUCCUUGAUGCAAUGCUCCUAGAACAGAAAAAUGCAAAACUUACUCAUGAGAUAUUAGUGACAUUAAUGGCUGAAGUCACUGCAAUAGUGAAUGCUCGUCCGCUCACAGCGGUUUCUACAGAUCCAGAAAACCCAGCCAUUCUUACCCCUGCCAUGCUACUCACACAAAAAGUUGGGAACCCACCAGUCCCACCAGGUCAGUUUGAAAGCAGGGAUCUUUUCAGAGCCCAAUGGAGGCGCGUGCAAUACCUCGCAAAUGUUUUCUGGAGCAGAUGGCAAAAGGAAUACCUCUCAGGACUUCAGAACCGCCGCAAAUGGAAAACAGUAAAACCGAAUCUACAAACAGGAGAUGUUGUUCUGCUAAAGGAGGCUCUUGAACAUAGGAACAACUGGCCACUUGGACGCAUCACCAAAAUCUUCCCAAGCGAGGAUGGACUUGUCAGGAAAAUAGAAGUGAAGAUUUUCCGCAAGGGUGAACUCAGAUGCUACAUAAGACCUAUAAGUGAGGUUGUGUUAUUGGUGUCUAAGGACAGUACUUAAAAUCAGGUACUUUGUUUCAUUGUAUUUUACCUGUAUCCACAUGCUAGUUAUGGAUGACAUUUUAUAGAUGUCAGGCGGGGAGUAUUCUGUCCCUCUGUGUUCAAUAGUAUUGUAUUAGUUUGCUGGUGCAUUUCUUUAUCUUACCGCUAGGGGUCAGUACCUCUUUUAAGGGUUUCUUCUUCUAUUAUAUAUUGAGUGUGCUCCUCAUGAUGUGUUGUUAAAAAGUUUGUUACAUGCAGUGUGAGAAAAGGUUCAGAGGCUUUGACAUGCUAUUCUCAUCUCAGACACCUUAUAUCUUCGGGAAGCUUUGAUAUGCCAUAAUCUUUUUACAAUCAAGAAAAAGAGAGGUCUACAGUAAAGACACAAAAGAAGGAAAAAACUGUGUCUGGUCAUUAUUGGAACCACCUUCUCUUACUAAUGUUUAGCUCGCUGCAUAGGCUGAGUAGCCACACACUCAACCGAGGG